AUGGUCAACUCGGAUCCUUCCUCCUCGGAACUCGACGAUAGGGCACCGCUCACGGACCUUGUGGAACACCGGACCACAGCACCGGCCGGCCCUCCGACACCGGCACCUGUGGACGCCGGUGCUAUCCAUAUGCCACGCACACCUGAGACUACGGUCAUCGGUUCUACACCACCUGGUCCUGUACGGCGUGCCAGACACAGCUGGAGUGGCGACCGGCGCUCGCGCAGCCGCAGCCCUCUGCGCCCUCAAUCCAUGUUCUGGGAGGUUCCUCCUGCAACGUCCAGGCCUGUUCGGGGGCAAGUUCUUACUAGCUCCGAGGGCAGACAAGAAGUUACCCUGGAGAUACCCAUUGAUGUCUCGAUGCUGGAAACGGCGACUCCCAGCACGGUUCUGGCCAUCACCAUUCGGUUGCAUCCGUAUGACGGAGUAACAGCCGACUAUGCCGCAUCCCUUUUGGUGGGCCGAGACUUCCUUCUAUCUACCCCAUGCAUCGGGUGCAAAAAGUGUGGGCACGCCAUCUCGAACGGGUCUCUGGAAGUCGGCACCUUGGACACAGGGGCUGCAACUCGACAGGAGGAUGUCGGCUCCGACUCCCCUACAGAGGGAGACCUCCUCUAUGCGGCCCAAGUCGCAGAGCAGGCUUAUCGCCUGCCUCCACGAGCACAGCCGGUGCUCACGGAUUAUGGUCACCUCCCUUUGGCUCUGAUCCCUCAGGUCCACUCCAAGAGCGGGGCCAGCACUGGCUAUUCCGGUGGCCUUCCCUGCCACUAUCGGUCGGUCUUCCUUUUCCAAUGGGGCCCAUGGCAGGAUCUUGCCCUGCCCGGACAUAGCCUUCCCACUUGCGCCCCACUGGUGGAGCGAAGUCCCAACUUCAUGGACAGACAAGAGAGGAGGAGACGGCGACAAAGCAAGAGGCCCUGUCAACUGAAUCGCCUCUACACGGACAUUGACCUCGAGCCCGAAGUCGUGACGAUCUCCCCGGACAGGGAUGCUCCAGCUGCUGCCACCACUGAGACAUCAGUCGCAGUGGAAAGCUCACGCCAUCCGAGCAGUAUGUACGGGUUGCCAACCCAACCAGCCGGUGGAGAGUAUUGGGUAGAGCCCUUUGGGCCGCCGAGUGCCGAGGCACAACUCACACCCAAUGAGAUUCAGCGACUCAAAUUCAUCCGGUGGAAAACGCGACACCCUCCUCCCACGACGGUGUAUCUGCGCCCAUACUUACGGGAGUCUGCUGGCCCCUCCUCCUCUCAUGAGACUUCAUUCGCCGGACUUGGAUGUGCAGCCAUUAUGACAAAAGCAACCGGACAGCCUUUGGAUACCAAUCCGUGUCCCGCGUCUGUGAAGCCCAGCAACGCGCAUGCAGAGACCACGACCCGACCUCGUCGCAGAGCCAAGCAUGUCAGCAGGCCAGCCAAGAAGCAGCAUCAAGGAGUUGAGCUCUGCACAGAUGGCGAGAGUGAAUCCUCCCCAUCCACUCUCUCUUCCUUUUCAGACGAACUUGGAGAGUUCCCAAGUGAAAUGACGGUUGGCAACUUGGUUCUUCGGUCAGUGAGACCACUGCCGCCGCCAGCGACACAUGCUGCCUCGUCUAUGGCAACGGGGAUGGCGCCGGCUGAUGCCACCGCUGCUUCGACCCCAGCCACCGAGGCCUCCGGGGCCUCUGGCUCCCAGACCGAUGACCCACUUGGUCGCACGCCUCUACCUCGACGACGGCCGGCACAAGUGGCUAACGAGGAGAUUGCGGAGGGCAUCACCCCGGCUGGGAUCUCCUACCAACUGCCGAAGCCAGUGCCUAAGAAGAGACCGGCCCAGGCAGGCCUGUCCUCCCAGGGGUCUUCUGCACCACCAUCGCCUACACAGACUACAGUCUCCAAGGAGCCCUCUACACUGAACUCCGACUGUGCCGACCCACAGGAAGUCAUCACAUCCACGGCUCUAGAGACUCAGCCUCCAGUCCAGGACACCGUGGUCACUACGGUACCGCUGCCUACAACUUCUACUUCGGAUGCAAGGGGGCAGACUCACCCUCCGGAGACGGUGAAGCGGACCAAGAAGACCACCACGAGUAAAGGCGAUGCAACCAUCCGUGGACCGACACAGCCACCGAAGAAGAAGCGGGGACCUAAAUCCAAAAACGGUCCUAAGCCGCGUCCUGCACAGACAGCCGACGUGUACGACCCUGACUACAAGCCUGAUCCGGCAAGUCGCCCAAAGCGACGAAGCAAGUGGCUGAAUAUCGGCCUAGAUGAGACUUCUGUUGAGACCCCGGGCCACAGGGGAUUCGAUUUCGGCCAGUGCUGGGUCCAUGCAGACCCAGACGUCGGCCUCAUCCGUGCCUGA